AUGAGGCUGUCACUGCCGCUCACUGUAGCUCUCUGCCUGCAGCUAUGGCUGGCCGUGACGUCUGUCGGCAAGCAACAGCGGCAGCAGCCUGUCCCGGUGGCUCUGAUUGACGAGGAGGAGGCUGCUGAGCCAUCGGCGGGGGAGCUGGCCGAGAUUGAGGGCAACGCAGGCGGUUUGCUCGAAUCAAUGACGACAGGCAUCGGCACUGAGGAACGGGUAGGCAAGAGAAUGAUGUUGCCUGCCUGAUUGAUUCGACAUCACUUGUGUGUCUCUUGAAUGUGCGGAUACAUAGGCGCUGUUGGCAGCGGCGCAGAAGGAGGUCGCCGAGCAGGAGAAAGAGCAGGCAGCGCAAGAGAAGGAACUGGAGCAAAGUGAAGCACAGGAGGAGCAAAUUGAAAAGGAAGUGAGAUACAGACAAAUCAGCCAGCCAGCCACUCAUGCGAGCGAAUCAAUCAUCUCGCUGCAUGUGCGUGUCUCACAGGAGGACAAGCCGGUAUCAGGCCUCAUCGCCCUCCCCGACUUCCGACAGCUUGCAAGACAUCAUCGCCUCCGCACCGCCCCGCCGAGAACAAGAUACGACAUCGAGGCAGCCAAAGAGAAGGAGGAGAGACAGGAGGAGGCCAAGUACGCGAGGCAGUUUGGCGAGCUGAUGCAGAGUGAGGACAGACAGGAGGCUGCCGCGGAGGAGAAAGAGCAGCAGCAGUCGAGGGCCAACAGAAUGUCGUUUCGGCAGCUCCAGCGUCCGGUUGAGGGCGGCUUUCUUCGGAUCAACUCUGCAGAGAAAUUCUGCCUCGGUGAGGAGAGGAUGAGAGGGAGACAUGCGCAUGUUAAUCUGUCAAGGCGCACGAAUGCAUUCAGGUGACGACAUCCUGGAGGCAUACGGCCGCGGGAGGUAGUGUUCACUGACACCGACACUGUUCACUGACACUUGGCAUCUCCCUUGCAGUGCGUCGCCCUUCAUUGACUUCGACGAAGCGGAGCAGCGGUGUGCCGCCGAUGAUCGAUGCAGUUUCUUCACUGUCGACAGGGAGAGCAACCGGACAUGGAUCUGCAAAGGUGUGUGUGUUUGGUCGGCGUGCACAGAGUGGAUUGACGAACGUGUGUGUGUGAAUUGUUCAGGGGACGGCUACUUGUCGCUCGAGCCGUUUCCUUCUGCAGUGGUCGGCGUCAGCCCAAAAGAGCUCGCCGUCGACAGGUCUGUCUGUCUGUCUCACUCAGUCACCAUCGACGUCCACUGUGCGGCUGAUGGGUGUAUGUCGUGUCUCUUUCCAGGUAUCGCGUUGUGACCAACAUGCAAUCCAUCUGCCAAGGAGCCAACCUCAGUCAGCCUCAACCAGUGUCUCGGUGCUCGUGUCUCUCUCUGACGUUAGUGUGUUGUUAUGCAGUCGAGGAGAGGCGCAGCACAAGCCGUUCGACAAUCGACAUGGAAGAGGCCGCCAAGACAUGUGACAACCUGCCAGGUAUGAACACAAAUCGCUUCUUGAUGCACACAUACAUGCAUUCGCUGCUCUGCAGACUGCACCCAUUUCACGAUCAACUUCAGCGGCUCGACUGCCAUGCCAGCACCCCACACCCUCAUCCAGCACGUCUACUUCUGCGCCGGCGACCCCAUCGGCGCGCCAAACGACAGUUUCGUCACAGCCUCUCGGAGAGCCAGUCAGUCACACACACACACACACACAGAAAGGGGUGUGACCGAUGGAUGCCAUGUGUUGGCGUGUGCGUGCAGCGCAUUACGUCCCCGGUGCGCCUGGUGGUGCGCCGCGACCUUUGCGGCCCCGCCCCCUGCCGUGUAUGGGCGUGCCUCUGCAGCUCAGAGGGCCCGUCGAAGACUCACGCGGAGGUAAAAAUCAAGAGACGGGCUGCGUAUAAAUAAACGAGUGUGUGUCUCCCUUUCUGUGUGUGUGUCAGUGUACAAAGCUGGCUCGAUCAUCCCCCCCGACAUCAACGUUGUCUACCGAAGCAAAGAGCACGAGUUGCAAGCCGCAACAGAGAAAAAGGGCAAAGCCAGCAGCGCGCACUGACGCCAUGGAUGAUGCAAGUGACUGACUGAUCAUGAGUGUCCAUUCCGAAAUACACUCUGACCGCGAGCACUUACAUGUCUGUUUGAGCUGAUCCAUCCAUGCAAUAAGCACGUACGUCACAAUAAUAAUUGUAUAUGCGUGUGCGUAGCCAUCCCUCCACGCAGGAGAGAGCAAGCUGCUGUGGAUGUGUUGUUAUGGGGUUGGAGGCAACAUUCUUUUCGACAUGUGCAGACAGAUAAAGUGGAAGAGAACUUCUCCUGCAGUACG